AUUCCUGAAUACUCCGAUCACGUGACAUCCGGCGAGCAGCUGCUACGGUUGAACUUGUAGUGGAGGGGGACUAACAAACCAGUCUUUGUUGUCUUUUCGUUUCUUUGCUUCUUUAGUCAGUCUAGUUGUUGGUCUUUGACGGGAGAGGUUUGCGUAACGUCUGUUCUGUCAUUUGAGUUUGUUUAGUUUAUGUGCGUUCUGAAAGUGCCUUACACAAGUUUGAAUUGUAAUGACGUUAAAAGUGACUUACGUUCCUUAGAUUAAGAUUGGUUGCUAAUAGCAGAUAAGGUAUAUGCAGUGUAGAAGUUAUAAGUUCUGUUAGGUAAUUUUGAAUCCUUCCCGGAGGAAACUUUUACCUCGCAGCAGUCUAGUACUCGUGCGUGACCAAAAGGACGUGUGGAUUAGUAUUGUUUUAGCACACCUUCUUUAACUGUUGAUAUAUCGUUUAUUUUGUGCGUGUGAGUUCUACUGUUUGUUGUGAAAGUGUAUUUAGUAUUCAUGCCAAAAGGCUGGUCUUCCGUGAGAAGUUGGAUUUGAAGGCUUAACCCUGUUUUGUGUGCAGAAACCACGGAGUUCCUCCGAACCUGUCGAUGGGGAUGGGAUGAGCGCGGCGCAGGUGGCGGGCGGAGCCCCAGACACUGUCCGGGAGCGGGCCAUGCAAGCCGUGGAGUACUACAACAGCAAUGUUCUCAGAGCUAGAGUGGGUGCUGGGUUACUGUCGGCCUCAAGGUCCUCGUACAAUGAUCGACACCACCACCAGCAUGUGGUGCGACCUCGGACGGGGACCUCGGUACAGGAGGCGCUCUACCGCAGCAACUCCAGCCUGGAGCUGAUGCAUGACCACAGCCAUAUACACCAUGACUCUAGGUCCGGCAGCAUGGUGAGUCCGGUUUUACGGCGGGAGUAUGGCAGUCACGGUAGCAUUGAUGUCAUCGCUUCGGACAAGCAAACUACAGGGGAGUCGUUCUUUGCGAUGCUGCAAGAUUACCGACCUGCGGUGUUGGGGCUUGGAACGGACCAACGCAGCCCAGGGCCUGCAGAAUACCUGAGGGGCAAGGUGGAGGGUGGGGCAGCUUGUGACAAUGCCAACAACACUCUGGCCGAUGAUGCUGUCACGAGUCCUACUGGCACCAGUCCCAAGCUGCGGCUCAAGUUCCAUCGGUUCUGGUCAGGUAAUGUGUCGAACAACGGAAAGCCAGCACGAGCUGCCACGGUCGACGACAGUAUGAUGAGUUCUCCAGGCAGUCUGCCAGACUGUGAGGAGCGGCAGAGACGUCGUGCGCUAGCGCACUAUGAUGUACAAAGCCUGACAGCCAAUGUCGGAUAUGCAGCACGGCUGCGUGGACUGCUGCUAGCUCGUCGGCGUAACACCACCACGGGUGCGUCGGCGGCCAGCAUGCUCGGUACACGGGCAUCAACGCCAGACAGUGGCGACGAAGAUGGUGGGGAUGGCCGCAGCAAUGAGUUGUUGGAGAGCUGUCCGUUCUUCCGGAAUGAGAUGGGCGGGGAAGAGGAACGAGUGGUAUCUCUGACGCGGCUCAGUCCUCCCUGCAAGCGGCGGUCUCCCCUCCCCCUGCACCGACCUCCACUUGCUUGUGGAGUCUCUGUGCUGGAAUUCCCUCCCGGAGAGACCCACUGGACCCAUGGCUCGUGCCCCCACCAACCCCACAGUCGCCUCAUAGAGUGCGUUGACCAUGGCGCUCUCUAUUACCGCAACUACUUUUACCAACAAGAACACCAAAACUGGUUUGGAAUGGAUGAGAAUCUGGGACCAGUUGCCAUCAGCCUCAAGAGAGAGAGGCUAGAGCGCCCGCCUUCUUCAGACACCAACCCCUCCCCACCCCUCCUCUGCUACAGGAUAGUUAUUAGAACUAGUGAGCUGUUGACGCUGCGGGGCUCAGUGCUAGAAGACGCUAUCCCCAACCUGAAACCGUCCAGUAGCAGUAAGACCAUGAAUACCAAAGAAGUUCUUGAAUAUGUCGCACCCGAAGUUCAACUCUCAUGCCUGAGGCUAGGGACAUCCACACCACAGACGGAAGAACAGCUACUGAAAUUGGACGAGCAAGGUCUCACCACUCACUACAAGGUUGGCGUGAUGUACUGUCGGUCAGGCCAGUCCACGGAGGAGGAGAUGUACAAUAACCAGGACGCCGGCCCUGCCUUCAUCGAGUUUCUGGAGACCAUCGGCCAGAAGGUUCGUCUCAAGGGCUUCGACAAGUACAAAGCUGGACUAGACAACAAGACUGACUCCACAGGUCUGUACUCCGUGUACGCCCAGUAUCAGGACUGUGAGAUCAUGUUCCAUGUCUCUACCUUACUCCCCUUCACCCCCAACAACAGGCAACAGCUAUUACGCAAGAGGCACAUAGGCAACGACAUCGUGACCAUAGUGUUCCAGGAGCCAGGAGCUCAACCAUUCACACCAAAGAAUAUAAGAUCCCAGUUUCAACAUGUUUUUAUCAUUGUCCGAGCCAUCAACCCCUGCACGGAUAACACUCAGUAUUGUGUGGCAGUCACGAGGUCUAAGGAAGUACCUGUGUUCGGUCCACCCAUUCACGAAGGAGCUGUUUUCAACAAAUCUAAGGCAUUUGCGGAUUUUCUAUUGGCCAAAGUUAUAAACGCAGAGAACGCAGCACACAGAUCGGAGAAGUUCUCGACCAUGGCGACUCGAACACGCCAGGAGUAUCUGAAGGAUCUUGUAACAAACUACUCUACAACUACAUGCGUCGAAACUAGUCAGAAAUUCUCGAUGCUGUCAUUCAGCAGCAAGAAGAAGUCGGCGUGGCGACCCAGGUUCCUGGCGGACGCUACGCAGCGCGGCGCAGUAUGCUGGCCUGUAGCCCUGGAUGACUCUAGCCGUGCAGUGCUGGUAGACUGUUUGUUGGCGAUAUCGGCAGACACUUUGCUGCUUGUAGAGGAGAGCAGUCGGGAGAUUGUGUUCAUCACUCCGUGCUCCAGUGUUCUUGGCUGGACUACAAAUACUAACAGCUUGCGGCUGUACUACCACCAGGGAGAGUGUAUGACUUUCCACAUGAGGGAGAGUGGGGACCGGGAUGAGCUCAUGGAGGUGGUGGUCCGUCUGCGAUCAGUGACACAGGGCAGUGUGACCCAGGAGUUGGCGCUCAAGAGGAACCCACUGGGCCAGCUCGGGUUCCAUGUACAGCCGGACGGGGUGGUGACACAGGUGGAGAGUCUAGGGUUGGCCUGGCAGGCUGGUCUGAGGCAAGGGGCCAGGCUAGUCGAGAUAUGUAAGGUGGCCGUGUCAACACUAACACACGACCAGAUGGUGGACCUGCUGAAGACAUCCAUGAUGGUCACCGUGACUGUGAUUCCGGCAGCAGCAGAUGGAAAUGCCCGGCGAGGCUGUUCCCAGCAUCAUUGUAUGGCGCUGGCGCAUGACUCGGACUACGAGAACCUGACAAGCCCAGAGACAGGAAAGGUCACUAGGAAACCUGCCUUGCAGACUGCUGUGCCUGGCAAUCACCGGAGAAGGUACGAACGCAGCUUCUCCCCUCCCCGGUCGAGCAACAGCUCAGGCUAUGGUACCGGCAGCAGCAGUAAGUCCUUCUCCGGAGGAGAUGCCAGGUUUUCUUCUAAUCCUGAGGGCACAAUGACAUCGUCGUCAAGUGGACAUUCCAGUGAUGAUAGAUGGUACGAGCUUCUGGAACAACCGCCAGACACACGAGAUUCUCCUCCCCCACCUCUUCCAGCACGGCUCAGUGCAUUCCAGCCUGUCAAUGAGUUCAAGGUCGGUGAGAAGGUGACAACCUGCCUACUCAAGGCUUCGGAGCGCAGCCAUGAGCUUAGGCGACAGCUGGAGCGAACGCCUCAUACUCACGACUAUCACCUCGUCACCAGAAUGCCUAAGGUGGCAGACUACAGUUACCAGACGAGUGGUGGCAGUGAGAAAUCUGCAAGUCUACCACUAGAGUGCUCUGCCGCAGUACGGACUGAUGGGCACUCUACCGACACCAGCUCCACCAGUGAUAGGCUCUUCAAUAUGCCUAGUGAAGAUGAACUAUCAGCGAGCAGUUCACCCGGACUGCGGCGUGGCGGGACCCUCACGCCCUCCAGUGGUGGCAGUCGCAAUCACAGUCCACGCCCUCGUGAGGACCAGCCACGCUUGCGUCACACUGCUACCUCACGGAACUCCAAUCGCAACUCCGCCAACCUCACCAACUCCACUCUACAAGAGGACCUCAUUCGCCUCAUCAGUCCUGACUGUAUGUCUCCGGACAUGACUCCCACCAAGGAGAAUGGAUCGGUGGGGAAGGUACACAGUAGCAGUGGAGAGCUGAGUGGACGAGUGCGGUCCAGGGAGAAUCUGAGUGGCCUUAGCAUGCCCCCGCACGACCCCCGUUCUCCCCCCACCCAGGACAAGCCCCAAGCCCCGCCACAGUCCCAGGAGGUGAUACUGACCCUAACCCGACCCGCUACUGUUAUCUCCAACGCCUCCACAGCCUCUAGUCCAGCGCCCAGUGAGGCGAAACUGUCCAAGGAGGAGAGGUUGUCUCCUAGGGUGACCAAUGUGAAAGGUGGUGGUGGAGGGAAGAACAAUAACGGUGGAGGAGUGGGGCUGGAGGGAAGCAGUGGUGGGGGUGGUGGUCUCCCCCUCCCCGACACCAGGGGCAUGGAUUGGCCCAGCCUAGUAGACACGGCUACCAGAGCCAUGCUGCAGGUGCACGAUGGCGGGGCCACUGCGGGCGAAAACGGGGCCAGUAGCAACUUGGGUCAGUGGGUGGAGGACAUGGCGGACCGCCUAGGCCUGGACACCAGCACACACAUACUAGGUCGCAGGAUGUUGGAACUACAGAAGCACUUGUCUCAGCUGGAGGGCCGACUGUCGCGUGAGACACGGCGCAGAUUAUCACUUGAGGAAGAAGUCCGAGGACUGAAGGAGGAGAAUCGUAGAUUACAAGAAGAAAGUCAGAGUGCAGCUCAGCAACUACGACGCUUCACUGAAUGGUUCUUUCCAAACUAUAGACCGCCCUUGAGUCUUCAGAUUGUCAUUGGAGAGGCAAAAUUUGGAGAUUGCAAGAAAAUGUUCAGCUGAAUGAUGAUGGUCCAGCAACUGCAAUGCUUUACUGAGCUUUUUCUGACUAUUGAGAUUUAUUCUUGCAGCAUCACUUAGGCUCUCCUAAAGUGUAUUUAUGUUAGAGUAACUAUUCUUGAUUUUUAUGCACUUCUUCUUUUUAGAAGAAUCUUCAAACCCUGUAACCGGUCCAGCAAAUGUAUUAUCGGAUUGUAAACUCCAAUGCACGAUUUCACCCAUAUUGGGUCAAUAUUUUCCAGUCUUCUAAACCCUUUGUUCUGUGAUUCUUUUGGCGAUUUCAUUUGACUUGGUAAAUUUUAAAUGGUAAGAAAAAUUCUUACGCUGGUCAAUGAAAUUAAUGAGACAUGUAACAAGUUAGACAUACUUUACCAAAUUGGUAUACGGUAAGAUUUAUUAGAAUCUUACUAUACAACUGAAUACUCAUGUUUGUACUGUAAUAUAAAAUAGAAAAUUACUCUAAACCACACUCAGAGGUGCUAUAAAUAGAAAAAUAAAAACUCUUACAGCAGAGGGUGGAAGAAGUGGAAACACAUCUAAAAAAUGUUAAAAUUUAACAUUUUGUUGACAAGCUAUUUAUCUGAAUGUAUAAACAUCCUGUUGGUUUUUUGUAAAAUAUUUCUAUAUUUACUGUAUAACUUGAUAAUACCAGAUAAAAUCAUGUUAUAUUUAAUUUUUUAAGUCUUCACAUUGUAUAAAAUUAUUUAAUAGUGUUAUUAUUUAUUUAAUAUACCAAACGUAAACAUUAAGCAUUACCCAUACAGUACCUCAUUAUUGUAAAUGUGUACAUAUAUAUCAGGUUAAUUUUUAUUUAUUGCAUAAAGAUAUGCAUGAGUUAGUUUUAAGCGUUUAUGUACAUUUUGUACAUAUUCAGUUUGUAUAUAAAAUUAAUUAUAUUAGCCGAUAAUGUUUAUGUCAAAUUAUAUUUUGUAUUUGGCAGUUUCGUCAUUGUUCUUGGAUAGCUAAGAAGUAGUUUUUAUAUUUUCUGUGUAAUUUUUGUAAUUAUUAACAAACCGCUUUCUUGAGUAAAAUUGUGUAUGUUUUUCUUUGAUACAUUACUAAGUUAGUUGUUUUCUUUCUUUAAAUAUGUUAAUAUUGUUUCAUAUAUUAUUAUUCAAUAAACUAUCUGAACAAAUAGGUUUACGUUUUUGUGUAUGUAGUAAUUUUUCCAGAACCACAAUCGUUUUGUAAGGAACGUAUUUGUUAUAUUACAAAUGUACAAUCAAAACCAAGACUUGAUAUGUUUGUAAUUGUGUAACUUUUAUACAAUUUGAGCUUUUGUAUGUACAGAAUAAAAUGUAAUGAACCGAGCACUUAUAUAUUUUGUAAUAAUAUACAUAAUACUUAUGAAUUUGUACACAUUAUGCAACAAAUAAUAAUCAUUUCUCAGGUAUAUUAAAGUGUGUAUACAUCCUGUUGUA